UAUUUGCUGGUUGUAUUGACACAGCCUCUUAGCGAAACGGCUGCAUCAUUUUAUUCCCUGAUAAAAGCUAUGUCAGAUACUAUUUUAAGAACCAUAUGGAGUGUAGCCUGACCUCAACCAGCGCGAUAGUAACGAUGGCGUCCGCAAAUGCCACAUAUGGACAGAAGGAGUCCACGGACCAGAACUUUGAUUACAUGUUUAAAAUCCUCAUCAUUGGCAACAGCAGUGUAGGAAAGACUUCCUUCCUUUUCCGCUAUGCAGAUGACUCAUUCACACCAGCCUUUGUGAGCACGGUGGGCAUCGACUUCAAGGUCAAGACCAUCUACAGGAACGACAAGAGGAUAAAGCUGCAAAUCUGGGACACCGCUGGACAGGAGCGCUACAGGACAAUCACCACAGCUUACUACAGGGGAGCCAUGGGCUUCAUCCUCAUGUAUGACAUCACCAACGAGGAGUCCUUCAACGCUGUGCAAGACUGGUCGACCCAGAUCAAGACAUACUCGUGGGACAAUGCUCAGGUGCUCUUGGUGGGGAACAAGUGUGACAUGGAGGAUGAACGAGUGGUGGCUGCAGAGAGGGGCCGGCAGCUGUCAGAACAGCUGGGUUUCGAGUAUUUUGAAGCAAGCGCCAAAGACAACAUCAACGUGAAGCAGACCUUUGAGCGGCUGGUGGACAUCAUCUGCGAGAGGAUGGCAGAGAGCCUGGACAACAACGACCCGACUGUCACUGGAGCUAAACAGGGCCCAGAGCUCAACGAGCAGCCUCAGAGGUCCCAUCAGGAUUGUGCUUGUUAAACACAACUACACACACACACACACACACACACACACACACACACACACACACACACACACACACACACAUACACAUAAACGCACACACUGUCUGCUGUCCUGAAGUCCUCACACCUUUAAAAAAUUGUUUCAGUUUGUCUCUUGCUGUCUCAUAAACACAUACACAAAUUAAUCACACACAAACACUGCCAUACUGAGUCACACAACCUGGCUGCUUUAAUUCUCCACCCCUCUCACUACACUAAGAGCACCGUCCACGUGGGCCGCUGGCUUUCCCCAAAGAUUUGGUGUUUUCAGAGAAGUCAUCUGAAAGUUGUUGUUCAUUUUGAGGAACACAGGAAAUAUGUGAUUGUAGUCAUUUAGUCAGAGGGGUGAAGAAAGUUCAACAAAGGCAUCAACAAUCCCAAGUUUUAUUUCAUACUCAUAUAUACAUACACACACACACACACACACACACACAAUAUACUGUAUGUCAACAGAAUUAUAAAAGGCCAGUAAAGGCUGAGACUCCAUCAUUCCUUAUUGACGUGUCUGCAUUAGGGGUUUAACUCUAAAAGGCUGGGAAGGAUGGAUAUUCUCCACCUCCCAGUCAGUCAAGUCCCACUCAGCACUUGGAUACAAAUCAUUGCAGUUGUUUAACUUUUAGUCCCAUUGAGAAUAUAUGUUUGUUGCAGUGGAUAGAGUUGAUGGUUAUUUUAAAAAUGUUUUUGAGUUGGUUGGGUGUGGUUUUAAGCAUGUGAAAUGUCCCGUCCUUCCAAGUGUUGUGAUUGAGUUUCUACAGAAUUAUUACGGUCCAGGUUUGACGUCCAAACAGGGUCAUUUGAGAGUUUCUCAUAAUUCAAAUUUUAGGAGUGAAUGCAAGAAUAGCAAAGGCCAUGCAUAUCAGUUUGCUAGUCAGUUUGUUGUAGGAUUCAUAUUGGGCACCUUCCCAGAUUUAAAAUAGUUUUUUUGUUUUUUUUUGUUUUUUUUUUCUGUUAGCGAGAGUGCUCCAUGGAUGGCAGUGUGAGUCACAUGGUUUGUCCAGCCUUUAAAACCAGUUUGGUCCAGUGUAAAGAGCUGCAGAGCCUCUGGGGCACACUUUUUUACUUUUGUUACUAUUUUUUAAGACAUGACUAAACAAAAGGAUAAGGGAUGUCUUUUACCACACGGAGAAGAGUGUAUAAAUGUUUCAAAGUCAAUAAAUGUGCAUUUUUAAAUGCAUAUAUAAUAUAAAUAGAUAUAUAAUUAACAUAUUAUACAAUCCAAAUGAUUUGGAAUGUUGGAUUCCUACCUGUGCUUUAGUGAGAGGUGCAUGUUGUCAAUGUUUUUAACUGAUGAUGGUCGACUGGAUGGUUAUUUGUAUGAGCUGCUGUCUGAAUUUAAAGUCCGUCUGUCCCACAGUUUCAGUACCAACUGGGGCUAAAGGUUUCACAUGUUAAGCCCAUGGCCCCUUCUUAUUGUAUUAACUUUCAUUCACUGCAUACAGUGUGCACCAUGCACUCACUAGAAAGGCAUGUGAUUCGGUGUGAGCACUGGUACACCACAGAGCUGCCAUCUCCAUCAACAGUCUCUUACAGUACGUCAUGGCAGAUGACAUUUCCAUCUUUGUUUUGGGAGGAACAUGAUGUUUUGAAGCAUGUUAAAUGUCAAAUUGUUUGAGUUUCAUUUCUCUCUCUGAUGCUAAGAUUAGGGAUUUGUCUGCUCAUGUAUACGGUACAAAAACCUCCUGUAAAUCAUGCGUUCACAGAUGUGCUGAAGCAUGCGAAAAUAUUUUCAACACCUACAUAAUUCCAAAAGAAUACAACUUACAACUUAUUUAUUUUGUAUUAUUUAUUACUUAAUUUAUUUUUAAGAUAGGGUUCUUCCUAGAUUAUGCAUUGCAAUCUGCACUUGACUUUUUAAAGAGAUGUUCAAUAGUAUUCAAUAUCUUAAACUGCUCCAGCUUUCAAAUGAAAAUGUAUUUGUGUUUACAGAAAGUACAAAGCUUCCCUGAGAGGAAAGUCAAACAUUCCAGUGUAAGAGCCUCUUAUCAUGUCCACGCGGCUUUGGUGGGAAGUUUAUUUGUCUUUUAAUAUCAGUUAUGUAACUUUAAAGACUUGGUAGUGUAGAGGCUGACUGUUUUCACAGAGCAAUAGCAGUUCUUACUCUCCACACCCAAAUAUCAGCAAUGUACAACCCUGAAUUGAAGGUCUGUAAUACACAUACCGUGCAGUAUGUGGGUGUGUGAAUGUACAUUUUGUACAAACACAGUCGUAAUAAUCGUUCUUCCCAAAGAGGUCUUGACAAUAAAUUUAGAGCCAAAAAGAGUGCUUAGUACACUUUUGUUAGACUCAUCAGGUAACGUUUUCCUACUUUGUGCUGUAGCUUGAAAAUGGGGAAAUGUUUUGGGAAGUAAACUGAAUACUCUGAACACUUCAUUAAACGAGUGAUGAUUCUUACGACAUUGGUUCACUUUUAACUUGUUUGUUGAAUUUUUGUUACUUUUAUUUAUCGUGUUUUGCUACAGCUGUAAACUUGCCGACAACUUAGGAACAAGCAUCUGUCCUGUUCAACUCUCCUUCCCUGUCAUAAAUAACCCUUGUAAAUAGAAAUUUUCUGCCCGUUGGGUAUUAGUGUGUGAAUUGUGCUGUAAUUCUGUAAUGCCAGAUUUGCUAAAAUGAGGAAUCAAUAAAGAAAUUCUAAAUGCUGGA